AUGUCUCUCGUCCAAGUCGCUUCGGAGGCUGCAUUCGGGGGGACUGGUGCGGGGUGUUUGAGCACAGCUACACAGCUGGGCUGCGAACUGUUUCUCAGUAACGGAUCGGGCGUUUCAGAGGUCGUGAAAAGAUACUACACUGAAGUACAUCCUUGGUUUCCGAUCAUCCGGGAAGACAUGCAACAUUUCUUGUCGUUGACCAUUCCUACUAAUCUAGGAAACCAUGGCCACCUACUGCUCUCCAUGUAUCUUGCAUCCAACCCUCUAUGCGAGCACGUGAAUCACGUUGCUCACAACCCUCUGUAUCUAACCACCAAGCAAAUGUUUCUACUCAUGCAAACAUCGAGGAUUGGGCCAACCCGGCUGCUCCAGAGUGGUCUCCUUAUCACAGUAUAUGAAUUUGGUCAUGGACUCACCGAAAAUGCCCACCAUACUCUCAGUUCUUGUCUAGCGCUAUAUAAAAAUAUGGUUGGAGGCAGAUGUGAUCGAGAACCAAGUUCGGGAAAGGACAUGUCGGAGAUCUGGGGCUGCUGGCAGGUGCUUGUGCUUCUUGAUCGGACUAUCAAUGCCUUUAUGACAACACAAGCGCCUUUCCAAGCAGACCCCUUGUUUUGGGAGUCCAUCUAUAGCUCAAGCAUAUUGCCAACCUCUACAAGUCAACAUAGAGGUGAAGGAGGAUUUUUGGACCUCGGAAAGGGAACAUCCAAUUUCUCAAUGCUAUACCGUGUAUCAAUCAUCGUCGGCGAUAUAUUCGAGCAUGUGGCAUAA